AUGAGAGCUUCGAUGGCACUUAUAAGGCCAGCCGUACACGGAGUACGGACUGCUUCAAGCAGUUAUAACCGACUGCUUGAAGCCGCGACCGCGCGGAGAACUAUAGCCAUUCAUUCGCUGCCGUACACACGACUGCUCGAGCAGUCGCGACCGCUUCAAGCCGUCAACUACAUGAUGAAAUUCCAUAUAAUAGAGCAGUCGACAGCUCUACGACCACCCCCUCCCUUCUAUUCUGGCCUCGCGGCGUCUAGUGUCUCUCUGUCUCGUCUCAUUUGUCGACUGAUCUUUGAAAAUGAAGGUUACCAACUGCUCGAGUGGUUAGUAGCGACAGCUCGAGCAGUCAACAACCGAUUGCUCAAGCAGUCAACGCAGACCGCUCGAUCUGUCCGUGUACGUCGCUCAGCCUUUAACUGCUCGAGCAGUCCGUGUACGCCGUGUACUUUCCGUUUGGUACACGGAUAUUUUAGAAAUAUAUGA